UAUGCCCAAUAAAAAAAGGAAAAAGAGAGUAGUUGUGCCUGGGAAAGGACCAGGAAGGUGAAAGGCCACUUCUCACGCGUUGUCGCAGCUCACGUAAGCUUGGUCUAUCUAUUACCAACUCCACCUUCUUUCUCUGCCUUUUUCCUUCUAUAUAGGCUAUUGUCUUCAAUCACUCUUCCACACAAUCUAAAUUCCAUCUUCUUCUCUAUAGCUGCUUCUCUCUCUUUCUUUUCUUUCUGAAGUUUCAGAGGAUUAAGCUUUCUCCAAACAUGAGUAACUCCUAUCAACACCAACCUCCUGUGUAUCCACCACCACCUGCCGCAGCAUACCCGGGAGGACCUCAUGUGGCUCCACCUUCAGCCGAUUAUCCCAUGAAAGAUGGUCAUGGCUACCCUCAAAAUCCUGCUUCAGUAGAAUCAAAGGCCAAGGGUGAUGGAUUCUGGAGAGGAUGUUGUGCUGGCAUGUGUUGCUGCUGCCUUUUGGAUGCUUGCUUCUGAGGAUUCGGAGAAAGAGUGUUUAAUUUGUUGUAUGGAAAAAUAAAAUAUGUGAUUUGAUUGUAUGCUCGUAUGCUUUUAUAUCUAAUAUUAUUAUUAUUAUUAUUA